UUGAUACAUAGCUGCGACAAAUUACCUAAAAUGUAAUUAAAGACGCAAAAAAAUAUUGUAGAUUUGUAAUUAUAGUAACAGAGUAGCGUACGUCAUAGCUAAAAGACAAGGAAAAUAGGUCAACAGUUACACACAGAAGACUGCUCGGAUCGGACUGAGAAAAUUGUUGCACCAAGUAAUAACAAUAAGCAGCAGUAGUAGCGUAAAGCAAGAAAAACCAACGGGAAAUCGCGCCACAACAACAACGUCCACAUAACUACACAACGUUGCGUUGCCUGCCACGAGAGGAACGUCGACAGAGAGCGGGAGAAAAAAAUCGUGUGUGCAACUGUGUUCCUGUUUUACCUGCCGCCAGUUGUGCCAAAGAACUCAACUAAACUAAACUGCAUUUACAAUUUACGUGUCUGGGACAUUGUAAACAAUUUGAAAAGUUUCCUAUCUUUGCAACAUUUGUUUGGCCAAUUGCGAAAAACAAUGCACCCAGCGAGUACUACUCGCUACAGUGACAUACUCGCACACCUCCGCAACGUGGAAAACAACGAAUAGAGCCUAAUUUAAGAAUACCAUGGAAACCGACAGCAGUGAUGAGGACAGUGCCCAUUCCAUACCGCGCCCCAGCUAUGAAGCGAUAUCUGCUAUCGAAAGUCCCCAGCCCAUGUCAAUGUCCACUAGUAAUGAAGUGGAACAGUUUCCCAGCAAGCGACAGAAAUAUAUGGUCAGUGCGCCACCCACAAACGUGAACGGGGCCAGCUCCGGGGACUCCAGCACCUCCACCACGACGGCUGCUGCAGGCAGUGGGCAUUCACUAACGAUGAAGCUGACCAAGGUAUCGCGAGGGACAAGUGAUCAAGCGACUGAGCUCAAAACGGGCCACUCAUCAACUCCUAAGCACGAAGGAAAGGUGCGCGUCCACAAGGAAAUGAUAGCGCUAAUGAAAUCGCACGAUGAGUCAAAGGUGCUCAAGGGUUAUGUGGGCGAAGGCUCAACGCUAAAACGUCGCAAAUCACGAUCCGUCGCCAUGCACAAAAUAGAGGAGGCACUCUCCCAGAGCCUGCCUGCUUCCCAUCGUCACGACAAAGACCGUAAUGGUCACAGAAAGAAAUCACUUAAAAGGGGGGCGCUGAAACGUAGCAAGAGUAUCCCAGCAUCUGGUUGGGAGUCGGACGAGGAGUGGCGCCACGAAUCGAACUCAUUGCAGCCCAGUAAACGCAAAGCCCAAAAGAAGCGAGGACAUUCCGUGACCUAUGAUGUGAGCGAGUACCGAGACAGCGCUGAGCUUAGUCCGUAUGAUAGCAGUAGCAAUCAGGCGAUCUCCGCCACACGAUUUCGAUCCCGCAGCAAAACCAUAUCGUUAGGAAAUGAAGACCGGGUGCCACGGCGCACCAAUCUACGCACUGAAAACAAGGAAUUCGCGAGGAAGCACAGCGCCUUUCUAGAUCGCAUAAUUAACGAUCCUGUCGACGAGGCGCUCGACAUGCAGGCGGCUCAGGAGCCGGACGUUGAGAAUGUAGUCGAAGAUAUGGCCAGUGGCGAAUGGCUCGCUAGCCCAAUUACGGAUACUGAACCGAGCAUUUCCACCCCAUCAGAUGCAAGCGCACUUCCCACGCGCAGCACCCAUUCGUCUCAGAUUCUGAAUGGGAUCGAGGAGGUGGAACAGCGGUUGAAUGAAUUGUGGCAACCGCCUCCAAGGGAUGGAUGGGAUCCUUUUUGCUGGAAGUGUCGUGAGUGCGGCAAGCUAGUGCCGUGCUCCAAAUGUCUGCGAUCGUUUCACAGUUUCUGCGUACGUCCAGCUUCCUCGAAAUUUGACGGCACUUGGAAGUGUCCGGAGUGCAUGCUGAUCGAAGGUGCGCCCAAGCGGUCGCGACGCAACGAUGUCUCUGUGGAUCUGCUGAGCCAGCUGCUCAACUAUGCGCUCGAGCGGAUGAAGCAUGUGCGCGGGGUCUACAAAUUACGUGCGCCAGACGAAGUUUUGCCGCAGAGCUAUAAAAAAUAUUUUGUUAACCCGGUAAAUUUUGCCAGUCUGGCUGAGCGGAUCAGAAAUCGCGCCUUCCACAGUGCUGAUGAGUUUCUUAGCGAGGUCAAAUGGAUGCAGCAUAAUGCACUGAUAUUGGACGCUGGUGACAUCAAGGUGGAACAGGCCUCAAAAGCGGUGGUAAAGGUAUGCCGUCAAGAAGCAAACGAGAUCGACACAUGUGCUGAGUGCUAUCUUAAUGCUAACUCGAGUGAUGAGUGGUUCGUCAAAGUAUGUACCCACCCGCAUUUGUUGCUUUGGGCCAAGCUUAAGGGCUUUCCAUAUUGGCCCGCAAAAGCAAUGAGCUUUGGUCCCAACUCGCUCGUCAAUGUGCGAUUUUUUGGCAAGCAUGAUCGCGCUAAUGUGCCGAUAAAGGAUUGUUUCCUCUAUUCGGCUCAGGAUCCCAAUACACAGACAAGUAGGCGCUCAGCUCGGGAUUUGGCCGAGUGUAUCAAGGAGGUGGAGGUUCACAUUGAGCAGAUAAAAAGUAAAAUUGGCAGCUUUAAUUAUGCACCCUACCGCACGCCCUACGAUCCGCUCGAGGAGGACCAACAGCUCGAUCAAAUGAUGCCCGGCGUGCACGAGUGUAUCAAGCGUCAAUUAAUGCCGGCAAACAAAACGCCACUGCAGUUUCUCAUACGCAAGACUGCGGGUGACAAGCUCUCCAUUGUUAAAAAGACCAAAGCCAUCGAAUCCGGCAACGAAUCAGAUCACUCCGCCAGUCCAAGCAAGCUGUCAAAACAGGCGGAUCUUCCAGAACCCGUCAAAGAGCACAUAAAGCCGCACAGCAGCAAUUACGAGGUUAUUCCCAAACUGGCAGACCCGCUGUCCGAGUCCCGCGGUUGCACGGUCAUCCUGAAGCGAAAGUCUUUGGAGGCCAACAAGUUGAUAUCCAAACAGGGCACUGCUGUGCGUCAGUCGCCAGAGAUUGCGCCCAAACGAAAACAUUCCCUUAGCGACGCCAGCGCCACCAGCGAGACGAGUCAGCAGGGAGAGCACAGACGGCGAGGAAAGCACGCGCGCAAGCAGCUUGAGCUGGAGAACGCUAUGGAAGAAGUUAAAGAGUUGUCUGAAAAGAGAACUGCUGCAGCUUUGGAUCCUCCAGAUCCUGCCUCUGACGUCCUCUCCGUUGUGGAGCUCGUUAAACGGCGGCAGGGCGUGACGAUUACGAAGAUUUCUCGCGAGCAGCCAGUAGCGAAGCCAAACGAAUCCAGCACCACUCCAAAACAAAUUGAGUCGGCUCCACCUGCUGAUAAUUCCUCUGCCAUUGCUGGAGCUGCGACUAAACAGCUGGACCUAGAGCGGCAGCAGCAGCAGCUAAUAAGUAAGGUGGUGCCAUUUGUUGAAAUCAAAACGGAGGUGUUAUCAGAGCCGGAAGAUACAGAAGAAGCUCCUCAACCUGCUCCCAAUACUUCCCCACACUUGACCAAUGUAAAUGAAGAAAAAGUCGAUGAAGUAGCCCCAACAUCGACUGCAAUUUCAACCACAUCUGCUUUGUCGAAUACGGCACAGCGUUCUGAUGCGGCAAACACAACAACUACGCCUGCUGCACCCAGCAAAGGACUUUUAAUGAACAUCAAGGAGGAGAUCAUCAGCGAUGAUGAAGUACAGGUGGAAAAUUGUAACAAACAGCCAGAGCCAGUGGAUGAUCCGCCUGUUGCCCCACUACCGCUACAACCGCCUCCACAACCGGUUGCAUUGCCCAGUCGGUCAGAUGUUAUGAUCACAGCCACAGAAGCCCAUGAUUCUUUUGUUCGCUUUGUGAGCGACACAACUAUAAAGCGCAUAAGUAAUAAGGAGGCUGCAGAUACCGCUAACAAAUCUCUAGAAGUUUCAAGUUCCAAACGCAACAGCUUGAGGGGGGUAGUCCACGGACCAUUACCGGCAGCUGCGCAGUCACUGAUAUCGCCUUUACCAUCUGCGCUAUCCCCGUCGCCACCCAACAAACAAACUAUGGUGGGAACGAACAACACUCCGCUCAAUAGAUCCCCAUCACAAGCUCUUCCCCCCACGAACACGAAUGCUCAAGCAUCAGCGAUUUCUCAUUUUUUAAACAAUGACACGUUGAUGAGCCCGGUGCCGUCGUCUUCACCCGCCUCUUUGCUGCCGCCUUGCACAUCCUCCAAUCUGCUAAAGUCAAAUCCUUCCUUUAUGACCGUGAUCCCCGUCGAUGCGGCGCAGUCACCGCAUUUGCCACGCAACUCCAAUGGCGGCAGCACCAACAGCAGCAAUAUUCCGUGCACCAGCCUCAUGACCAUACCCGUCCCGCCACUUACGGCCGUGUCGAAGAACACUUUGCAGUCCUCUAAUACAAAUGUGUGCACCAAUGCUGGGCCGAUGCAAAGCAUUCCCCAGCCGCCGCCACCUCUAGUUGGACUCACUGUGACCCCUUCCUCUACGGCGACAAUAUCAACGUCCAGUGCGGACACCACAACUUUUGUAACAGCAAAUGGAGUCCCCAGCGAAACCAUGGGGAUGCAACCGGCAUCAACCCCAUCAGCGGCGACUGCCGACUCAACUGCAGGCGAGUUCAUGACUCAAGGAGUCGGAACGGCACUCAGCGAAAUAUUGCUGCGCGGUGGACCGCCAAAGCUGACAGCUCGACCGCGCGGACCUCUACAAUCCGACGGAGCGAGCAUCUAUCCGGCGCAGGCAGGACCAGUCUCACAGAGGCUGAAGGAAAAUGCCCACAAGAUCACGGACUACUUCAUUUCCGUUAUUGAGGACACGCUCUCUGACCUGGCAGCAAGUGAGCCCAGCCUGCUGCAGGCACGGAUUACAGGCCUCACCCUGGAAAACGAGCGUAUUAAGCAGCAUUACGAGCGACAGCUGGCGGAUAUGCAACGCUCCACUGAUUUGAUGAUCCGCGAGAUGCGAAAGACGUUAGAAAAUGAGAAUAAGCGUGUUAUCAACGAAUUGAGGCAGCAGAGCGUGCAGGAGCGCAUGCGAGCCGUGGAGGAGACAAAGAAGAAACAGUGGUGUGCCAACUGCAUGCGCGAGGCGCAGCUGUACUGCUGUUGGAACACCUCCUACUGCGACUAUCCAUGCCAGCAGGUGCAUUGGGCCCGUCACUCAAUGAGCUGCGGGCAAGCGCAGCAAAUUGCUGAAUCGUCUCGUAGCAAGCCUAAGCCUAUGUCUGCCACAAAUAUAAAUCAGUACCACAAGACUAUUGGCGGAGCAACGACCGUCGUGUCAGUGGCACCAGUGGGAACUGUUGCUGCCGUUGUCGGCAACAAGAAGUGGCAACAGCCACUGAUUUCGGUUGUCAGUGCUUCCAAUACGGAAGUCCUUAAGAUACCGAACACCAACACGUAUGUGCGAGCCGUGCCCUCCAUACCGCCCACCACGGUCACAAUGUCGCACAACAGCAUUGCAUCCUCCGCCACACUAAUUGCUCCAACGCAGCAUCACACCACCACCACCAUCAUGAGCAGCCAACGCAAUGCUCUCACCAACUAUGGCGCCAAGGCAGCUCCAACGGGGCCCAUACAGCGUUACAAUAUACCCUUACCCAUCCAGGUCAGCACGAACCAGAGCCAAUCGUAUGGACUGAUGAGUAACGAGUCGACGCAAAAGCAGACAGGACGUAAUACAGCUAAGAUUAACAACCGCGGCCGCAACAACAACAUUGGCAACAAUGCCCAGGGCAUGCGCCAGAGCCAAAUUAAUCCAGUUUUCAAACAAUAGGCAACCUGCUUAGGAGCAGGUGGAUAUUCCUGGCAUGCUAAGGUGACAUCUUAUGCUUUUACUGUAUAUACCUAUCAAACAGAUGGAUGUCCUUAGAGUGAUAUGCUCGAUUUUAUCACAAACUUUUACCUUAAUUCAUUUUAUCGAAGAGAUAUUAAUUUAGGGCAGUAUUUUUUAUGUGCUGAUAUUAGAUAUUACAAGCCAUCCUCAAGAAGGAACUCCAGAAAGGAUGUAGUAAUAAGAACUCUGAUUAGAUUCAUAAAUGAUGAAUACAUUGAAAAUCUCUUCUCCAAUAUAAUUAUAAUUUUUCUAUCGCAUCCAAAAUUUGAAGAGAAAUGAGAAGUGAAAACCAGAAUAGCCCCGAUUCUGUAAUUGGUUAAAAUAAUUUCAAAUGGCACAGCCGAUGCAGAUAUAAUCUGAGCUCUCCCUUAAUUUUAAAGACGUGGGGAAAAUAAAUAUUCAACAUAAUUUAAAAGCACAUGUACAUACAAACAUUUUCGAAAAAUCUUCAAUUCUCCAAUGUAGCAUCGAUAAUCAUAAUGUCAUACCGGAACUCAGCUAUCAGAAGAUUCGUCAGCAUCAAUAGGUUCAGCGACAUGUGUAUAUUUUCCCCAUCCGCACAUCAUUUAUAUUUAAAACGUAGCUAUAUAAAUAUAUAUACAUAUAUAGGAUAGAGAGCAGCACUAUUGUUCCGAUGAUCACUACGAAAUACAUACAUAACUAUGUAUGUAUGUCUACAAUAAAAUGCAAUUUGUAAAAAAAAUUUAAUGGUCAUAAAUGUUGUUGUAUUUAUAAAUAGCCUGACACCACACACACAAACCACUACAUA